AUGAAAUACAUGACAGAGUUUGUUGCAUAUCAACAUCCAGGUUCAAUGUCAGAGGAUUUUUUGAUUUUGGAUGAAUUACUCAAUUAUACUAAAGAACUGAAUAGACAGGCUGGUCAGCCAUCUCCUGGCGCUGUCAGGAAAACGAAUAAAGGUCCGAAAGGCGUAAAGAAGAAGCCUUGGACGUUAGAGGAAACUUUUUGGUUAGAGCAUUACCUGCAGCUAUAUUAUUUUACACUUAACGGUCAACCACCCUGGGCUUAUAUACGAGAUAGACAUGGCAAGAAUGGCACUAUCGAUCAAACUCUCGCUUCACGUAGCCAUAUAGAUUUACAGGAUAAAGCAAGGAUAAUGUCUGGGAAGCUUUGGAGAGAGGGUAAGGAAAUACCGCCUUGGUUGCUUUCAGCGAAACCUCCAAAGCGUAUUUUAGACAAAAUGCGUCCAAUUCGCGGAGAAUGGCCAAAGAAGCACAUCAAAAGCAUAGAGAGCACAGAUAGCCCAGAUAGCACGUCACAGCAAUGACUUAAUUAGUAAAUUACAAUCUGCAUUAUUAUACAAGUAUAUCAUUCUUCUUGAAUUUUUCAGGUCUUAAAUAUUUAUCAGAAAUCGACUUCAUAGGUCCUCGAGCAUUUGUAGCAUAAUAUAUCAACCACAAGUUAAAAGCAGCUUCACUUGUGUGUUUUGCAUUCUCGAUUUUGAGUACCUUCUCGUAAUGUUUGGUUGCGAUGCCCAAUAAUCCCAAUUGAUGGUAGAAUCUACCGUAGUUGUAUUCAACCUCAUCACACUCUCCACGCAAGUCUCUGUAUCUAUUUAAAAAUGCCGCCGCUUGUCCUAUCAAAUGAUGCCUAUUAUCCGCUUGUCUCUGGAACGCUCUAUAUAAGUAUGCGCAAGUCAAAGAUAAACAAAUGACAUAGUCAUUCGGCUCGAGCUCGUAAGCACGCAGUAAAUAAUAUAUACUCGUCUGUGCUGACUUUGCAGCUAGCAUAAUUUGACCAUAGAAUCCCAGGUAAUAAGGAUUUUGUUCGGUAGGUAUUGGUAAAUUAGCUUCCCUGAAAUUAUCUCGGGCUUUCUCCACCUCUUCUUCAACGUUGUCAGUUUCAUUGGUGUUGGCCAAUCUAUGUUUCUUAUUACUGAUUUUAAAUCCACUACCAGUAGCCAUCACAUCAAACAUCUUGACCUCUCGGAGCAAGAAUUUUUGAAGAUUGACUUCUGUGAAUCCCAUUAGACCUUCGUGGCUUCUACCAAGAUAUGUGCAGAGCAUACGGAGACCUUCAAUACCAAAUUGUUCAUCGAAUAUGUAUUGCCUUGAGACUUCCACAACAGUAGCUAUAUCACUAGCCAUAGAUGCACAAACCAAUCUGCAGAAUUUGAGCGCGCUUUGUCGUUCAGGGGUAUUAAGUGCAUUCGACAAGCUCAUAUGUUUGAGUACCUCAUCUGCUUCUUCAUAGUUUGAGUAUCUUGUAUUUAGUAUUGCGUACUUUAAUGUUAAGUCAACCCAAUCGUCGAAAUGUAUAUGACGGAAGUAUUGCACUCCUUCUUCUUGUAUUUUAGGAAUAUGCUGCUGAUCAACGAGUGCUCUUUCUAGUCUUACUGCAAUUCUCCUUGCAUCUUCAUCAAGUUGGUCUUGAGGGUCCUUGUCUUUGGGUUUGCGUCCUGAAUUGGCUUUCUGAUUCAAUAUCAUACCUUUGAACUUUUGGUUCUUGUUCUUCGGGAAGAGCUGUACUGUGUCCCUGUAGAUUUCCAAGACUUCUCUUGCUGCAUUGAGCCAUUCCUCAACGAUCUCGCGAUUGUGCAUAUCCAGUUUUUCGUCUAAUUGUGUUAUCUUUUCCCAAUUAAUUUUCAUUUCUGCUUCACGUUCUUCUUCGACUCUCAUUGCCAUAUCUCUCAUUGUUUUGCGAUCUUCACCGGGAAGCUUCUUCAUACCAGGUGUUUUCCUUGUGUAAGUUUCGGUUAAAAGUGAAGCCUUGUUGUUCGCAUUUCCAAGUACUUCUUCUUGUACCUGACCUCUACGUACUGAACUUGACUUCUGUGUUUCUUUGCUUCUGUAUAGAAUUUUGGAGAUAGUAGCCAGUGCUUGUUCACGCUUUCCAAGCGCUUCGUAUGUUUCUGCAAGCUGCAUUGUAACAUCCAUAUUAUCUGGUUCGAGUUGAC